UGCUAAGCUUCAUUUACUUUUUUAGGAGUUAUGGAGUAACGUUUGGGAGCUGGUCUACAGCAUCCGUGGCCUAUUCUACAGGAGAUUAACUAUGGCAGAUCAGAAGUCAGAGCAGAAGAACACAAGUGACCAGAUUAUAGAAAGGCUCCCUCUAGAACAUCCACUGCCGAAGGAGAUCCAGAGGCUGCCGAAAGAUGACACAGUCUGCAAAUUCUGUGGGAUUAGUUACUUCAUACAUCAUGAGGUCAAAGCAUUGGAGGAAAAGGUCAUAUCAUUAGAAAAGGACUUGGUUGAUUAUCAAGCAGCUAUUGAAAGGGAAGUGACUUUAAAAAAUGAAAUCAAAAGCUGUCAAGAAAAACUUGCAAAAAAUCAAGCCUUGAUUAAAAACAAAGAAGAAGAGUAAGAUUUAAUACUUGAUACUUUAAAAUACACUGUUAUUCAUCCCACAAGAAGCAAUUCAUAUUAUGUUAACCCUUUCCAGUCGUAUGGCGUCACAACGAUGCCCUCUUUGACCAUACUUUAUAGCGAAGGGCUUCGUACGUAUGCCCUGUAUAGAUUUCAUGUAAUUAUUUUAUAGCUAGGCUGCCCUCUAUAGAAUUUUUUGAGAGUGAUAUAGGUAUAUUUCUGUAGAGGGCCUCCUGUAUUCAGACCAAAUAAAAUGCCUGCGCCCAGUAGAAACCCGACAUUUAGUGUAGAUGAUGUAAUUUCUUAGCUUUGGUAUAGCCUCAGGCAAUGGUAAUGGGGCAGACUGGAAAGGGUUAAAACUAUCAAAUUUAAUUAUGUACUGUAUUGUAAAUGAUUUAAUAUACAAUGCCUCUUAAGUCACCCGUAAGUCACAGGAGUCUUCCGGAAAUCGGGACGGAUUCCCGCACAUGCACAGAUUUUCUAGGAAAUGACCCAUCUUUCGCAAAUUCAUAAUAUUUGAACAUU